AUGUGGCAGGACGCAACAAUUGAGUUCAUGAAACAGGCAUUCAGGGGCGAUGACAAGUCGGUCGAAUACAUUGGUGCGUUGAUGGCCAAAGGCAAGUUCAACAACCAAAGAACAACAGUCGAAAUUCCGGAACUGGAGAAGCAAAUCAGAAAAGUCUUCUACGCGAUCCUGAUCCCUGAGGCGUGGAGGGUCGGCGCCGGGCUGGCGCCUGCCUUCAUCAUGGACUCUGGCUACGACUGCAACGCCGUGAGACCCCUCGACAACGACUACAUAGCUCCCAGUACUGCGGAGGAGAUGGGGUACUGCUACAACGGCCGGAGGUACUACCUCGUUGCCCCUAAUGACGACGCCACAAGCUGCGGCAAUCCGUCACCGCCAGCCAACGGCGGAGCCCCCCCUUGUCAUGACAAGUACUUUACUCCACCGCAGAGCAUAGGCGAGCUCACCGGGAAGAUUGACGCCUGGGAAGGCCUCACUAAAGAGGAACUCAUUGCAGGUGCCGUGGAAGGAUGGAAGCUUCGCGGAGAGAAGAACAGGGGCGGCUUCCCCGACAUGACCAACCCCAAGAACUACGACUUUCUCCUUGAAGGAGAGGGCGCCAGAAAGAUCGACAUCAGGGCGCCUGGAAUCGUCCAGAUCCCAGUAUGUUCGCCGGAGAAGGCUAGGAGUGGAUGGAAGUACGGUAGCAGCUUGUCUUCAACCCAGAAGGAUAAGCUUCUCGAUGCACUACCCUAUUACCCUUGUACCAACUACUGA